AUGGUGGUGAACGACACAGACUGGGACUGGCGAAGUUUCGACUUCAACACCGUGAAGCUGAUUGAUACCAUUGACCCCGGCAACUCGACUGCCGAUAAAUACAAUCUAUCUGCUUUCAAGAACCGCGGUGGCAAGCUGAUCCAUCUUCAUGGCCUUGCAGAUGACACAAUCAGCAGCGGGGCAAGCAUAUACUUUUACGAGGAAGUUUACAAAGCUAUGCAGAUCAGUCUUGACGAUUUUUACCGUAUGUUUCUGGUUCCGGGUCUUUUUCAUUGUACUGGUAGCACCGCCGCGCCCUGGUACACCGGUAUUUCGACGAUUGGCGGAGCUACCCAUGGCGUGCCGGGCAGCGACGAUGCCGACCAUAACGGAAUUUAUGCCAUCAUGCGAUGGGUUGAAGAGGGUAUUGCACCUCAGAAGUUGGUGGCUACAAAAUACCAUGAAGACAAUGUCCUUCGAGGAAUAGCCAGACAGAGACCUAUUGUCCUUACCCUCUGA